AUGAUUGGCGUGAAUUCAGAGAGCGAUUCGUCUAGUUCACUUAGUUCUCCUUCCUCCUCAAAUACCACUCUUUCUGCUGCAACUGCCUCUACGUCUAACCAAUCCUCCUGCAGACCUAUCAAAGAGUCUACCAUUGAACCAGCUGCUUGUCUAACCUCCAGUACUCUCUCUUCUGUCUCUACUGCCACCACCCACGCAAAUGGCUCCACUUGCACUACUACCACGAGUAUUAGUAAUAACGUCUAUAGCUCAUCUGCCGAACCCAGCGAAUCUUCAAGAUUUUCCACACCAGCUUUCGAUCGUCCCGCUAGCCCUACUUGCACCACAUUCGAAUUCAAACGUGGUCUUGCAGCAGUCAUCCAAACUGGAUGGCCAUCACAAUCUGGAACUACCACUAGCAUCUCCGUCAGCUCUCCUACGCUUGAAUCGAGUGCACUUGCCUCUCCCACGCUUGCUUCAGCUUCAUGGAAGGGAGAACGAUUGGUGGAUUCAGAUAAAAGGUUGGAGGUGUUAGAGGGGGAGAAACGACAAAAGGUAGCCAUGAGAGGGGAGGACUUGGAGAGGGAGAAUAGGCUUCCGAGUGGCUGGUCGCAGGGCGAACCUGAGGCGAAUAGGAUUGCGGGUGUGGAACAUCUAGAGUGUGGAAACAAAGACAAACCUGGGUCUAUUUUAGUAGAGCUAGAACCCACAGUCUCAAAAAGUGACAUUUCAAAGUCCUUGGAUAUUCCUCCCACUUUCCAACUGUAG